AUUACUAAGUAUAUUCUCUGUGUAUCAGUUACACAUAAUGGAAGCAGAAACACGACCGCGAAAGAGGUAUUACGCGGAGGAGGAGAAGUCAAUGUCAGAAGGCUCAGAUGAUGACGACUAUGUCCCGUAUGUCCCCGUGAAAAUGAGGAAAAAGCAAAUGCUACAGAAAAUUCAGCGUGUGCGAGGGAAAGGCUUGACGGAGGAAGAACAAAAAGACAGUGGAGGAGAACAGAGGGAUGAUGAUGAAGGACUGGGCCCACGAUCUAAUAUCAGUCUUUUGGACCAACACCAGCAUCUCAAAGAGAAAGCUGAAGCUCGUAAGGAAUCGGCAAAAGAGAAACAACUGAAAGAAGAGGAGAAAAUUUUGGAGAGUGUGGCUGAAGGAAGAGCUCUAAUGUCUGUGAAAGAAAUGGCCAAAGGCAUCACAUAUGACGAUCCAAUAAAGACAAGUUGGAAGGCUCCUAGGUACAUACUGAACAUGCCAGCAGCACGACAUGAGCGGGUACGAAAGAAGUACCACAUCUUGGUGGAAGGGGAAGGUAUUCCUCCGCCUAUCAAGAGCUUCAGAGAGAUGAAGUUCCCUCAAGCAAUACUCAAAGGACUGAAAAAGAAAGGUAUUGUUCAUCCAACACCAAUUCAGAUCCAGGGAAUCCCAACUAUUCUUUCAGGGAGAGACAUGAUCGGCAUUGCCUUCACUGGCUCUGGCAAGACCCUGGUGUUCACUCUGCCCAUCAUCAUGUUCUGUCUGGAGCAAGAGAAACGGCUGCCUUUUGCCAAGAGAGAGGGACCAUAUGGCUUGAUCAUCUGCCCAUCUAGGGAGUUAGCGAGGCAGACCCAUGGUAUCAUUGAGUACUACUGUAAACUGCUGGAGGAUGAAGGAGCUCCACAGUUGCGCACUGCCUUGUGCAUAGGUGGUAUGUCUGUCAAAGAGCAGCUGGAAGUGGUCAAACAUGGAGUGCACAUGAUGGUAGCUACUCCGGGCAGACUCAUGGAUCUCCUCCAGAAGAAGAUGGUAAGUCUGGACAUUUGCCGCUACCUGGCUCUGGACGAGGCUGACAGGAUGAUUGACAUGGGCUUUGAGGAGGACAUCAGGACCAUCUUCUCCUACUUCAAAGGCCAGCGACAAACACUGCUGUUCAGUGCUACCAUGCCUAAGAAGAUUCAGAACUUCGCUAAAAGUGCUCUGGUCAAGCCUAUCACCAUUAAUGUUGGUCGUGCAGGCGCUGCAAGUUUGGAUGUAAUCCAGGAAGUGGAAUAUGUCAAAGAAGAGGCAAAAAUGGUGUACCUUCUGGAGUGUUUACAGAAGACCCCACCUCCAGUACUAAUAUUCGCUGAGAAGAAAGCAGAUGUGGAUGCCAUUCAUGAAUAUCUUCUGCUUAAGGGAGUAGAGGCUGUGGCUAUUCAUGGAGGGAAAGACCAAGAGGAGAGAACAAAAGCCAUCGAGGCUUUUAAGGAAGGGAAGAAGGAUGUUUUGGUUGCCACAGAUGUGGCCUCAAAGGGUCUGGAUUUCCCGGCCAUCCAGCAUGUAGUAAACUAUGAUAUGCCGGAGGAGAUUGAGAAUUACGUCCACAGAAUCGGAAGAACAGGCCGAUCAGGGAAGACAGGCAUAGCCACGACUUUCAUUAAUAAAGGAUGUGACGAAUCGGUGUUGAUGGAUUUGAAAGCUCUUCUGAUUGAAGCCAAGCAGAAAGUUCCUCCCGUUCUUCAGGUCCUCCAGACAGGAGACGAGACUAUGUUGGACAUUGGAGGAGAAAGGGGCUGUACGUUCUGUGGAGGCUUGGGUCAUCGUAUCACCGACUGUCCCAAACUGGAGGCAAUGCAGACCAAACAGGUCACCAACAUUGGGCGCAAGGAUUACCUGGCCAACAGCUCCAUGGACUUCUGAGGCUGUUUUUAUGCAAGCUGUCUGCGCUUGCUAAGUGACAGAGAGAGGGAUGAUGUUGCUGACUUUUACUUCCAUGUACAGAACAUUAGAAUUAUGCUCACAGUGUAUGGAGGCUGGGAGGUUUGCUUUUGUGUAAUGGGUGAAUCUUGUAUUCUUUUGUUAAAAAAGAAAGCUGGCUUGUAAAAUGGUAAAAAAAAAAAACUGUGUUCUUGUAAAAUUCUGGUCUUGAACUUGUUUGUUUAGAUUAUGUAUGCUUGGUUUAAUUACUCGAUUUAGUUACUGUGUCAUGUACUUUCCUUUAUCACAGUGGUGAAUUAGGAAUAUUUUAUUUGUAUCUUGAAUUUUUGGAGUAUUUUUGAUAUUUUAUAAAUGUUUCAGAGGCUUACUUACUUGCGUCACAAGAGCUUUGUCAAUAAAUUGA